AUGUCGAAUAAACAGACCUGGAGAAAGUUCAGCUAGCAAACGCAUAAACCAGUUUUGCAGACGUUUUUCUGCUCGGUGUGGCUGAACUCAACUCAGGUUUAAGGUUAGCCCUGGAGGACAACCAUGUGAAGUUUAAGAAAAGGGCGUAUACCCUAACGUGUGGGCUGAAAAACGACGACAGGUUGCACCACAUAUGAAAUAACACCGACGAGUAACGGCUUACCUCCCUUGCAUGAUGGCCGAGUACAAUGUUGUGACAUUAUUUGAAAUCAGAGAAGAAUUCGCCACGUGUGAUAUCUGCCAGGAAGAUUUCGACAUGGCAGCCAGAUCGCCGAGAGUUCUUCCCUGUUCUCAUUCCUUCUGCUGCGAUUGUUUAGAAUGCAUUUGGGGCAAAUCCACUUCGGGGGUGCAGUGUCCUAAAUGCCGCCGAGUAUGGCCUGUCCAGAGUAACAUUAAAACCACGUUUCAUCAGAACAAUGUGCUGAUGAAUCUAGUUGAAUAUCUCGCCUUGAAGAACAAACCUGGAAACAUACCAUGCUGGCAGUGCCCCAAAAGCAGGAAGGCCACCGUACACUGCCUUGACUGCCAGAAAUAUCUCUGCGACUUCUGCUCAAAUUUCCAUAGCAGGUUUUUAGAUAACCACAAGAGUGUUCCAUUAUCAGAGUUUAUCAAGUCUCCGCAGACGUUUUUCCAACAAAAGGAUGUCUGUAGAGACCACGACCGGAUGAAAAUGGAUCUGUUCUGCAAGAACGCCACCUGUAAAACAGCCGCCUGCAUUUCGUGUGCUUAUGUGUCGCACAAAGAUCACGAGAUUUGCAACCUAAAGGAUAUGUACGAACAAAGGAAGAAAGCGGUUAGCUCAUCGCUGGAUGGUUUGUUGAAAUCUACAGUAAGGUCCAACAAGUACAGAGACGGGCUGACCGAACAGAAGAAUGAACUGCAGACGAUACAGCAGCACCUCCUGCAGUUUAUCGAGGACUCCAAGACGGAGAUAAUUAAAAAGGUAGAAGAAAAAGCAAAGCAGUUGGAAGAAGACGUCGUUGCAAAUAUCGCUCAACAGCAAGCUGACAGGGAUAAGCAAAUGGAUAUUGUAACAGAGUCUGAAAACGCCAAAGCAGAACACGCUUUACAUUGUCAACAAGCUUUGGCGUUUACCCGAGCUGCAGAAUUCAUUGCCAUGUCGGAAGACCUUGAAACCAAAGCUAACUCACUGACUGAAAUUCCAGAUCUCUUUGACAUGCAGAUACAGGAUGUUAAUCUGGAUCUGGAGACGUUUGAGAAGAUUAACAGAAUACUGGAGAAAACGGCAAGCGUUUAUGACGGAUCUGAUAUGAGGUCCUGUAUUGAGGUAACAGAUGCUAAGGUAGGAGAAGAUUCUAACAUUAUAAACGUUACUUUGCUACCUAAGGCAGACACUCAACAGCGCAAGCCAGUGUUGCUAGAAGCAGUCGUCGUAGAUCCCAAAGGAAAGGAAAGUAAGGUGGAACAAAACACAGCGUCCAUAUCCUCCGAUGGGGGGAGUCUUGUUUUCAGACCAGAGUGUGUUGGACUCCAUAAAGCAUACAUCAGGAUUAAUGGGCGUCGAUUGACUGAGGAAACGGUUGACUUCCAUAGCAACGAGCAUGGUGCGGAUGUGGCAAGAAAAAUAUUAAUCAGUAUUGAUGCUGAACCAGGACUCUUUCGUGAAAUUAUUUUACCUGCCAUGCAGUUUGACAGAGACAGGUUAAACUGGGAGCGCCGGACAAUUACUGAAGACGGCUACUUGACUAACGAGCCUUCGCCUCAACCCGAGUUUGAGCGUGACGCCAGACUGAGACAUCUGUGCGGCGUCACGUCCAGGACACCCGUGACGGGCCCUGGCUGCAGCUACUGGCAGGUGCAGGUGAACAAGAAGGUUCUGGAGGCGGCAGACGUCGGGUACGUUUCGGCGCAGACGGGAAUCUGCCUUCAGGACCAUUGCGACGAAUACGAGUUUGAGGAGAACCAUAACGCGUGGUGCGUGGAAGUCCGCACGUGCAAGGAACACAACGGUGUUUGUUUGCACGUCUUCUCACGCGGAGCUUUGCUCUGCGACUCUGCUCUGACCGACUUCAAGCCUGAAGCGGUAAUCGACGUUGAUCUGGGUUUUCUGAUGGACUUCGACAAGGGAGUUCUUCACGUCAUGCACCUGCAGAGGCACGAGAUCGUCCACUCCAUUCCAGACGUGGACUCUGACCAGCCACUGAUGCCCGUGUUCGCCGUGUACAGUCCUUCCUUGUUCGAUGUCCAACUCAGACUGGUGUCAGGAGUAGAUCUCCCCGUUGAUCGUGACUUUCUGGUCAUGCUGUCUCGUAUAGUCCAAGGAGGCCGGGAUGUAACUCCACUGGCCUAGCCAUUUAGGUAUGGGGGGGUCAUGGCCCUCCUCAGUCACACCUCUUUUUCUCCACCACCAUUUAUAUUUGACUGUCGACCCAUAGAAAACUCAUGAGAGUGUAUAAAGUCAUGGAAACCCAUAGUGUAUAGCUCAAUAAUAGAGUGACGUGUGAUGGGUCUCUGAAUUGAUGUCUUUAAUGCACUCUGGGUUAUUUCACGCCUUAGCUAGUGCCCCAAUACUGGAAUGUCAAAGGUCGUGGUAUGUACUGUCGUCUCUAUAUGGGUGUAGCAGGUUUUCUUUUUCUCGACAAAGUAUCAAAAUGGCCAUAAUUUGUUACACCUCAAAUUAAUAGCCAUAGUUUGAAAUAUGCUAAGGACACCGUGGACCGGUCGAUAGAUAAGAACUUGUUGGUUUCGUUAUCACACCACCAUUGAUUACUCCAUGCAGUCCAAUAUGUUGAAAAAUACAACAGUGAGAGGAUCACGUAACUACUAGUUUUAGGGAGUGCUCUCCCUUAACUACCGUGUGAAAUAUCAACACCGAACCGGCCUCGGUGGCGUCGUGGUAAAGCCAUCGGGCAUAAGGCUGGUAGGUACAUGGUUCGCAGCCCGGUACCGGCUUCCACCCAGAGCGAGUUUUAACGACUCAAUGGGUAGGUGUAAGA